CGGCACUCUCUCUUUCCCCGGCCACAUAACACCCACACCUUCCUCCCAAAGACUCACUUUCCAUCAUGACAGUCCCCGUGUCAUCCGAACCUGAGCGUCCCCAUGACGAGCACCAGUACCUCUCCCUCAUCCGCGCCGUCCUCGACACCGGCGAAGUCCGCCCAGACCGCACGGGCACCGGCACGCUCUCCAUCUUCGCGCCGCCCUCCCUCCGCUUCUCCCUCACAGACAACAGGUUCCCCCUCCUCACCACCAAGCGCACCUUCUUUCGGGGGAUCCUCGAGGAGCUCCUCUGGUUCAUCCACGGCUCGACGGACUCGAAGCUGCUCUCCGCGAAGGGCAUCAAGAUUUGGGACGGCAACGGGAGCAAGGAGUUUCUUGAGAAGCGCGGGCUGGGCCAUCGGAGGGAGGGGGAUCUGGGCCCCGUGUAUGGCUUCCAGUGGAGACACUUUGGCGCGCGGUACACGGAUUGCGAUGCGGACUAUACGGGACAGGGCGUGGACCAGCUCGCAGAGUGCAUUCGCAAAAUCAAGGAAGAACCGACAGACAGGCGGAUCAUCCUGAGCGCAUGGAACCCCGCAGACAUCCCGCUGAUGGCACUCCCUCCCUGCCACGUCCUCUGCCAAUUCUACGUCCACCUCCCACCUCCCGAGUCGCCAGAUGCUCCCCGCCGACUCUCCUGUCUUCUCUACCAACGCUCCGCCGAUCUCGGCCUCGGCAUCCCCUUCAACAUCGCCUCCUACGCCCUUCUCACACACCUUAUCGCCCGUCUCACCCAAACGGAGCCACAUGAGCUCAUCAUCCAGCUCGGCGAUGCACACGUCUAUCGAGACCACAUUGACGCGCUGAAGGUGCAACUGGAGCGGACGCCGAGGCCCUUUCCCAAGCUGCGCUGGAACAGGGAACCUACGAAUGUCGACGAGUUCAAGGCGGAGGAUAUCACUGUCGAGGGCUAUGACCCCCACCCAGCGAUUGCGAUGAAGAUGAGCGUUUGAGAGACACCGAUCAUUCUUGCUCCCUCUCUCCAACGUUCCUCAGUUUUGUCUGCCAGAACUUCUGUAUCGAUAUGCGCCUCAUACCCUUGCCGUGUAUCUUUAAUAGAUUAUUCGCGACUGACGUCAGUGCGCUUGAUCAUAUUAUACCUGUGAGUACGAGCGAUCAACCUAGUGUGCGCCUUGUCGGCAAUGAAUCCAAUUAUUGGGCAAUGUAUUGUUAUAGAGUUAUGAUGUACGGAAUCUACAGGUGGCGAUUAUACUAAAAAUAAAAGGAAAAAGUCCGUAUCUAUGUAAUGGCUAUGUCCUUUCCAUGCGCAACCUCUCAGGCAAUCAUGAAUCCACAGCCCAACACAAACAAAGCGAUGAACACUGGCAGACUGAACAACCGCGCC